UAGAUGUAGCAGCAAUAUUUUAAAGAAACUAAACCGAGUGAGAGCCUUAGAGGAUACGGUGCGUUUUCACGCUCCACAGCAGUUGGUGGCGGUAUCGCACAGUUUGUUGCGCGCCAACGACCAGCAAACUCAAGAAGAAGAACUCUCGCGAUAUCCAAGUCGUGUCCUUGGUGCAGAAAUGGGCUACUGGGAGCUGGAAGAGGGCAAAGACUGCGUUGCCAAAACAUGGAUCACCACAAAAAUAGCCACUGCUAUCGGGCUGGUAGGUUCUGCCUACCACACUGUGACUUUUCCACCUGAGACAGCUGUUGAGGCUCUGACCAGAGCAGCAUCAGGCACUCUCACUAUGGCUGCCAUGGGCGCCAUCUUUGGAGUAGCCACUUGUCUAAGCGCGCAUGCCAGAGACGCACCGGACAGCCCAACCAACUAUUUCAUUGGUGGAUGUGCUUCGGGUGUUUUCCUCGGGGCGCGAACUCACAGUGCUGUCACGGGCACCGCCGCGUGUUUUAGCCUGGGGACUUUGGCUAUGUUCACCAAGAUUGGGAAAAUGGAAGGCUGGAGAAUAGCGGGCCCCCCCAAACUGUGACCUGAUCCGAUGCUUGAUGUAUAUUGCUCAUAUAAAUGUAUUAUAAUUAAAAAUCUCUGGGUGUA